CCCCACGCGGCGGCACCUCCACUCCUCCACACCACUCCGUUUCAUUUCCCGCUACCCUCCCGGGCUCCCCUGCCCCCGCGCCUCUCCCUCUCAUUUCCCGGCGAACUCGCGGCAAUCCGGAAGAAAGAAACAGGCCGGCCAUGGAGGGCUACGACCGCGAGUUCUGGCAGUUCAGCGACCAGCUGCGCCUGCAGACGGCCGCCUUCUCGGGCCUCUCCCUCGGCGACUCCAUCUGGUCCCCGGCCGCCGACCGCCGCAACUCCUCCCAGUCCCAGCCCGACGCCGGCCUCCUCGCGUCCCCGCCGCCCGCCAAGAACAGCCUCAUCGGCGGCGGCAGGCCGGGGCUCAUCGGCUCCGGCAAGCUGGCCUUCGGCGCCACCACCACUAGCAAGGCCGACCGCUACAACAACAACCUCCCCAACGACAAGGCCGCCGCCUACAGCAGCAGCAUCAGCAGUGGCUAUGCCAAGAACAUGAGCAACAACGGCUUUAUUAAGGUGGGCUACAACAGCAACGGUGGCAGCAACAACGGCGGCGAGGUGAAGAGCUACUUCAACAAGUCCGCCGGGAGGCCGGCGAGCAACAGCACCAACCACCACGGCGGCGGCGGCAAGAAGCACGGCGGAGACUACGGCAAGAAGAAGCACGCCAAGAACGAGGGCGGCGGCAACGGCGGCAACGCCGCGGCGGCCGCGGACAAGCGGUUCAAGACGCUGCCGGCGUCGGAGGCGCUGCCGCGGGGCGAGGCCGUCGGCGGGUACAUCUUCGUCUGCAACAACGACACCAUGGACGAAAACCUCAGGAGGGAGCUCUUCGGGCUGCCGUCUCGGUACAGGGACUCGGUGCGGGCGAUCCGACCCGGGCUGCCCCUCUUCCUCUACAACUACUCCACCCACCAGCUCCACGGCAUCUUCGAGGCCGCGAGCUUCGGCGGGACGAACAUCGACCCGACGGCGUGGGAGGACAAGAAGUGCCCCGGCGAGUCGCGAUUCCCCGCACAGGUUCGCGUGGCGACGCGGAGGAUCUACGACCCGCUGGAGGAGGACGCCUUCCGCCCCAUCCUCCACCACUACGACGGGCCCAAGUUCCGGCUCGAGCUCUCCGUCACCGAGGCCAUUGCCCUCCUCGACAUCUUCACCGCCAAGGACGACGCCUGACCGAUCCUUCCUUCGUCAGGCCGCCGCCGAGCAACAAAUAAAGCAGGCAUGUACGUACAGUGCAUGUCACAAGCCACCGGUGUACUAGCAUGUUAGCACUGUUAUUAUGCACACCUUUGUGUUGAUGUGAGGGCUAUGAGGCAUGCGUCCCAUUGUUUUGUUUUUAGGAUGACACUAGCGCGAUGAUUUGCAGAGGAAUAGCCCUCGUUUCUCCCCUCUUGUACUGUAAGUUGUAAGGCAUAUUCGGACCCAAGUGCCAUGUACAAAUCACUUUUGAGAUCUAUAUGCUCCUGUGGUGUGAACCUGAACA